AUGUCAAUGAGAAUAAAUGUUUAUGAGCUUCCGCAAAACAAUUAUUAUAAAACUAAACUAGAUAUCAAUGAUGAACCAAUAUUUCUUCUAGGUGAUGUAAUUAAAGGCGAAAUUGUUAUAAAUGAUUCAGAAGAACUCUUAUCGAAAGCAAAAUCCUUCAAAAUACAAAUAACAACAAAUUCGUUUUCAAAAGGAAUACUACAAGCAACUAAAAUUAUCGAAACAAUUCAAUUUUCUGAUCUUGAAAAAAUACAAAAUGUUCAACCAUUUGAAUUUCAACCACUAAAAAUAACAUAUCCAACAUAUCAGAGUGAUAGAACUAAUAUAGUUUACUUUUUAGAAGCAAUUGUUGAAAAAUCAAUGAAAACUAUUACUGAAACACUACCUAUCGUAGCAUUAAAGGCUGACUAUAGACAAUCUUCCCUCAGAGAAAUGGUUAUGCCUAUAAAUAACGAAAAUCCUAGCUACGAUGUUUCAAUUUCGUUAAAAUCUACUGUAUCAUCGAUAUUUGACUCAAUAUCUGGAAAGAUAACAGUAAACAGAGCUGAUCCAAACUCAAUUACUAAUUCAUAUAUCAUUAUUUUAACAGAAGAAAUUUUAAAAAAUUCUCAAAACAACAAAACACAUGAAAUAUGGCAUUGCAAAUACCAAAUUAUGGAUGGGACACCUCGCCCAGGCUCGCAAUCGCCAUUUACUCUUCAACUUGGUCCAAUGAAACUUUGGACACUUCCUCCUGCAAACGACUGCUUUAUUCGAUCAAAAAUACUAAUGAGAUAUGUUGUAGAAGCAUCAGAUGGAACUUCUCAACAAGUUACUCAAACUCUUGGAUUAUAUUUACCAAAUAUCGCUUGCAAUCGUCAAUAA